GACACAGGUGCUUCAUGGAGGAGUGGAGCAAAGAUGAGGAUCCACUUCAGUCUGCUGUUUACUCUCUGGGCGAUUACAGCAGGGACCCAGUGCUGCCAGGCUCCAGAGCGGAAGUGUGACUUUGUGUGUGACUGCGCUGAGUGUGAGGAUGAGCUGAACUGUGGUUACACGGGGGAGCAGUUUGCGUGUGACUUUGAGCAGGGGGAUUGUGGGUGGACUGUCGGGUCCGGGGAUGCACUGUACAGAUGGGAGAGACGACAGAGAGAAGACGCCUUCACGGACAACGGGCCGUCCUCAGACUACACCAUAGGAACUGGCACAGGCUGGUUCAUGGCUGUGACUGCAGUGACGCUGGAGGGAGUCAGUCGAGCUGUCCUAGUCUCCCCAGAGAUGAGACAGUCUGCUCCUACAUGUCAAGUCAGUCUCCGCUACUUCAUCUAUGACUCAGGUUUGACGGGUCUAGGCAACGCCCCUCUUUGGGCUUCAGUGCGUUACCCUGGCGGCGAGGAGGAGGCAGUGCUGUGGCGUCCCGAGCCCAGCAGCGUGCGCGGGUGGAGGGAGGCCACUGUGUUUGUGGGCAGGAUCUCCUCCACCUUCAGGCUGGUGUUUUACUCUGAGAGAGGACACGGCCAGAGCGCUGACGUAGCACUGGACCAGCUGCACUUCCAGCACUGCGCUCUGCCUGCGCCCCCUGAAGGUGGCUGUGGCCCUGGCAUGUUCCUGUGCAGCAACCAGGCCUGUGUGGAGCAGAGGCUGAGCUGUGACGGGACUGACGACUGUGGGGACGGGAGCGACGAGCAGGACUGUGAGGGAUACAAACGCUGUGACUUCGACGAGGGUCUGUGUGACAUAUGGGAUCUCAGGUCUCUCUCUUCUCUCAAAUGGGUCAGAACAAACCAGCGGAACAUCUCCACCACUGACCCAAUGAGAGGACCGGGCCGGGACCACUCCAACAACACUGCUACAGGUCACUUCCUGUACGUGACUGUCCCUGAGUCUGGGCUGAAGAAAGACUGGGCGGCUUUUCAAACUAAAGUCCUGGAUCCAACUGACGGCAACACCUCCUGCAAGAUGGUGAUGUACACGCACCAGUUUGGGCCACGCUCCGGUGGGCUCACGGUGCUUGUGGCAGACCAGAAGAUUUACCCCGUGUGGGAGAGGGGCGGAGCUCUGGGAGACUUGUGGGUGCGGGCCGAGGUGGACGUCCACAGCAACUCCACUUUCCAGAUCAUGUUCAUGGCUGCCAUCAGAGACUUUAAAUACGGAGGCAUCGGUGUCGACAGCAUCGUGUUGUCUCCUGGGUGCCAGCUAUCCAUAGAAAACAAGACCCUGGCUGCCUUCCCCAAACCCCCUCCCCACCCCUGCACCUCCCCAGAGAAGAUGUGCGACUUCCAGGUGGACUGUGAAGCAGCGAAGGACGAGGACAUGUGUGGUGACUUUGCAUACUCAGAGGGCCAUGAGGGCUGGAUAGACUCUAGUGUGGGGAGUCAGGGCUGGAUCAGGAACGCCACAUCCAAAGAGGUGGUCCUGUACGUGGCAGAGUCAGCAGGGCACCAGAGGACCCCGGCCCAGAUGAAGACCCCUCUGCUGGGCCCCUCAGGACCAAUCUGCACCAUGAGCUUUGACUAUGCGCUCACCGGCAGCCCAGGCCAUAUCGGGGAGCUGUCUGUGCGUGUGAUGGACAGUGUGCUCGGACCGCUGCCCAAAAUCUGGGAAUUUGCAGGGAAAACAGGAACAGAUGGGGAAUCGUGGAACCACACAAACGUAUACAUCGGGCAGAGGAGAUCGCGCUUCCAGCUGGCAUUUGAAGGACAAGUGGCUGAGUUAAAUACUAUGGCCGAAAUCAAAGUCACAAACAUUUCCUUCCACAACUGUCAUCAAAAGUACUACCCCCAUACUCCAACUGGAGUGUCGUGUAAUUUUGAGGACGGACUCUGUGAAUGGUACCAGGAUAACAAUGAUAAUUUUGACUGGAGUCUGCUGGACGGAAUGGACCACACCAUCAGUAUUGGCAGGAGUCUGGUAGUGGACAUGUGGGACCCGUCUCUCCGUGGUGCCUUCGGACGUCUUCUGUCAUACCCACGGCCCUCCUCCACCACAGGGACAUGCCUCUCUUUCUUCUACAAGCUCUAUGGACCAAACACAGGGACUCUGAAUGUGAAGCUGCUGGAUGAAAGCGGCUAUGAGCUGACCCUGUGGUCUCGCACUGGAGCUCAUGGGAACAUGUGGCAUGAGGCUCAGUGUCCAGUGCCCCAACAGAAUACUCCCUACAGGCUGAUGUUUGAGGCGGUGCGCUCGGGCUUUGAUGGACGCAUUGCCAUUGACGAUGUGGGGUUCAAGGAAAAAGAGUGCACUUCUGUGUCGAGGAUGUGCUCUUUCGAGGGCAGCCCAUGUGACUACAGCAGCUCUGGGGCCCUGCGCUGGCGCCACAUCAAUGGAGACUCCUCCUCAGACCCCAAGACGGACCACACACUGGAGACCGCACAGGGGUACUACAUGCUGCUGAACACCGACUCGGACAUAUUCCCGGCUGGGGCAACCUCCACCCUCACCUCACCUCUCAUCUACGGGACGUCCAAAACCCAGUGUCUCCAGUUCUGGUACCACAUGGGCGGAGCUAGACCUGGCACUCUCACCGUCUACAUGAAGCCAGUGAAAGGGAAGCGAGUGAAGAUCUUCUCUGACAGGCUGAACCAGGGGGAGGUGUGGCGUCAUGGCAGCGGUAACAUCUCCCCUGACCUGGUGGACUGGCAGCUGGAGUUUGAGGUGAUCGGAGCAGGCGGCAAAAACGGUCACGUCGCCAUUGAUGACGUCCACAUUUUGAAUCAUGCCUGUGAAUCUCAAGAUUCAAAAUGUUCUCUGGAGAAGAGCCUGUGCAGCUGGACUAACACCCAGGACGUGCUUAAAGACCGAUUGGACUGGGAGCUGAGCAGUAGGGAGGCAGAGAGACACUACCCUGUCCCUGAGGCUGACCACACCCUAGGACACGAGAAAGGUCACUUCCUGUUUCUACCCAGCAGCGACAGGACAGCAGCCAAUCAGAAAGCUUGGUUAUUAAGCCCACACCUGCCCCCCACCAAAGGCACCUGUUUGAAAUUUUGGGCCAAUAUGCCUUUUUCAGGGGUGGGCGAGCUGACGGUGUGGCUGCGCUCUGAAGAAAAGAACACAAAGUUACUAAGCACCAGUCAAACCGGAGGGUCCUGGACACGCUUUGAUGUGAAUAUCACCUCCACUAAAGAAUAUCAGAUUGUCCUGGAGGGCAUUAAAGGCAGCUCCGGGUUCCUGGCUUUAGACGACAUUGAGUACACUGUUGGAGUGGACUGCUCUGGGACACAAACUGAUCCUGUCGAUAAGAAAAGACAGCCUGACGCAGGAGGCAUCGCGGCCUCUGUCAUAGUGUUUCUGCUCCUGGUGUCCACUCUCAUCGCUUUGCUGGUCAUCUACCUGAGGUCCAGACGCCAGCAGAGGUCUCCACCUGCAGGGCCAACGGGAUUCGCCAACCAGUCCUACGAGUCUGACCUUACUGAGGAUCACAUAAGUGUCCCUCCUGCUCAGAACCACCCGAUGGCAGCUGGGUUCAAUCAUUUCUCAGACUAUGGGGACAUGGGGAAUGUGGACUGAGCUGGUCUGAGCUGGUCCGUGUGUGGGUCUGGACGUGGUACCACAGUAGCAGAACUACUUGUGCCAUGUAAACCAGGAGAGUAUUACGGAAACCCUGUCGGCAAGACUUGGAGUGGAUCCUUCAAGGAGCUGGGUGUACCGCAUGUGUGUCUAUGGUGGAAUGUUCAGCAGUUAAAAUACAGAAAAAGACUAAAUGGAUUUAAACAACACAUUUCAUAUUUAGUAGCCUGUGAUCAGUGUGAGCGUUCAUGGUCAUGUUUAGGUGUUUGAUUUUCAACAAAAAAGUGAGAGUGACUAACUGAAAAACCGUCGGCUAAUGCUAGCUAGCUUGUGACUGUUAUUUGAGAGGGACUUAUUAAACAGCACAAAAUCAGCUCACUUGUUGUAGUUCCAGCUAAAUCGACUCUUUAUGGUCAGAUUGUGUUAAAACAAAGGUCAGAUUAAAACUCUAACUUGAGUAACAGAGCUUCAGACAGAGCAGUGCCUACUGUUAGCUACACAUCCCCAGGGAAUGUUGAUGACAUCAGCUGCAAAGUAUGAGUAGUAAUAGUAAUGAUGUAAAGUGCAAUAUAAAGGUGCAAGACCCUAUCCCUUAUA